GUGCGACGGUGUAGAACCGCGUUUGAGGGGUUUCGUUCUUUCAUUGAUCAGUGCAAAGAACGGAAAGGGUGCGUUUGGAGUACACUCUUCUUCUCCUUCUCCGAUCAGGAUAAAUGAGAUGGCCUCUUCGCAAAAUGUUGAGUUGGAGGCAGCUAAGUUUCUGCACAAACUCAUCCAAGAUUCUAAAGAUGAGCCAGCUAAGUUGGCUACUAAACUCUGCGUGAUACUACAACACAUGAAAUCAAGUGGGAAGGAACAUUCAAUGCCAUAUCAAGUGAUAUCAAGGGCAAUGGAGACUGUCAUCAAUCAGCAUAAUCUUGAUAUUGAAGCAUUGAAGUCUUCACGUCCUCCUUCUUCUGGUGCUGGUAGUUCUCAAAGAGGAACUUCACAGGCAGUGGGUGUUGCUACGGAUUCAAGAGCGGGGUUGCCUGAAAAUGUGAUGCCCAAAAUGGAUUCCUUUGCUUCUGGCCGGCCACCAUAUCCCCCAAGUAUUGGAGCACCUGAUCAUUAUCAAGGAUCUGCGGCUCAGAGGAGUGGUCAGUCUUUUGAUCAUGGAAGUCCGUCUAGUUUAGAUUCUAGGUCUGCUAACUCACAAUCACGGGAUAGACGAGAUACUACUAAUUUGGACAAACAGGUGAAUCAAAAGGAUGGUAGAAAAGCUACCUCAAAGAGAAAGAGGGGGGAUACAUUGUCACCUGCAGAACCACACGUUGACAUUCCUUCUCAUCUUGAUCAGCGAAAUACUGCUAAUACGAGGAAGGGUAAAAUGACCAAGGCUGAAUCAUCAGAUGGUCUUCCAGUUAGAAGUGGAGAGCUGACUAACUUUAACAGGGUUCCAAGUAGUAGUCAAAUGCAAAGGGCCAACCAAGAAGGCCCAACAAAGAUUGGCAAUCCAGUGCCAUGUGCUCCGAAUUCUAAAUAUCCAGAAGAUACAGAGGUUUCCUCUGCUCAUAUUGCUUCUGGUAAACUUCAAGGUGCUCAUCCUAUGGUUCAUGGAGGGAUGGGGGUUGCCACUAGUGCAUACCCAAUGACUGAAUCAGUUCUCUCGAGUUCAAUGCGGCAUGGUGGGAUGCUUGGGCAUUAUAGUGGAAGUUCUACUACUUCAGCUGAUGAACCUAAAAUAGGCCUGACUGACAGGCAUAGUAGUAACUCAGAAAUAACUAUGCUUAGACAAGGGGUUCCUCCCAGAGAUAUGGCAAGAUCCACGAUUGGUAGAUCAUCUGGUGUGCCUUUCAAAGAGCAACAGUUGAAACAGCUCCGAGCUCAGUGCCUUGUUUUUCUAGCAUUUAGAAAUGGUUUAGCACCAAAGCAACUACAUCUUGAAAUUGCUCUUGGAACUGCUUUUUCUAGAGAAGGAAAGGAUCAUACUGACCACAAAGGGAAGUCACAAUCUUCUGUUGAAUUGGGUACCUCGUCAGGGGCCAUGAUGCCUUUUGGAGGUCUGAACAAUAUGAGACAACCUGAUAAUAAUAACUCUUCAGGGUCCCCUUCUGCUGGAAAAUCUCUGGAAGCUACGUCAUUCUCCAAGGGAACUGAGAGUGCAAUAAUGACUGGGGACAAAGGUAUUCUUUCUGAAGAAAGGAAACAUCUCCUAGCUGUCAAAAAAGUAGAGCUUGAAAAGCAAAUUCAAGAAAGAGCUGGUGCACAAGCUUCGUCAGCUACUUCUUUUCAGCAGCAAGAUUCCUCUAGUACAAAGGGUGAUGUUGACAGUGGUAAUCUUCAGGUUGGACUGUCCAACCGACCUUCCUCUGUCAUUGGGCUGAAUAAGCAGAUGAAUCCUGAGAUAAAUGGCUUUACCGGAUUUGCUAGUUCUGAUGAGGCUUCAGAAGGACCCUCGCAAGUCUCUUCUCUUCAGCAUGAGUUGCCAAUAGAAAGAAGAGACAAUGUUGUUAAUCAGUUUCAAAAUAUGGUUAACAGUGGUGGUUCUCGAAACCAUCAUUCUCUAAACCACUUGACGUAUGCUUUGAAAGAGCACUUGAAACCUGUUCCAGGGACUGGCAUUGAUCCCCAGGGAGCAAGCUUGAUGAAGGAUGCAGAUUUAUUAGCGAAAAAUGUUUCUUCAGAUGGGUUCAAAACAGUUCCUGUUAAUGAUGCAUCAAGACAUGAUGCCACUUUUUCUACAGACAUAGAAGAGAAUGGGAGGUUACCUCCUCCAAAAUAUACAAUGUCAGGAAGGUGGAUUAUGGAUCAGCAGAAAAAGAGGCUUCUAGUUCAGCAAAACUGGGUACAAAAACAACAAAAAACAAAGCAAAUAAUGACCACAUGUUUCCUCAAGCUAAAGGAAAAUGUGAGCUCAUCUGAGGAUAUAUCUGCUAAAACAAAAAGCGUCAUAGAGUUGAAGAAACUUCAAUUAUUAGACCUCCAGCGCCGUCUCCGCAGUGAUUUUCUGAAUGAUUUUUUCAAACCAAUUACAACUGAGAUGGAACAGUUGAAAUCGGUUAAGAAGCAUAGGCAUGGUAGAAGGGUCAAACAACUAGAAAGGUAUGAGCAUAAAAUGAGGGAAGAACGUCAAAAAAGAAUCCGUGAAAGACAGAAGGAGUUUUUCAGUGAGAUAGAAGUCCACAAGGAAAAGCUUGAUGAUGUGUUCAAAAUCAAAAGGGAACGGUGGAAGGGUGUCAAUAGAUAUGUGAAAGAGUACCAUAAAAGAAAAGAGCGCAUUCAUCGUGAGAAGAUUGAUAGGAUCCAGCGGGAGAAGAUUAAUUUGUUGAAAAUAAACGAUGUGGAAGGUUAUCUACGGAUGGUUCAGGAUGCGAAAUCUGAUCGUGUGAAGCAACUUCUUAAAGAGACCGAGAAGUAUCUCCAAAAGCUUGGUUCCAAGCUACAAGAAGCAAAGACUGCAGCAGGUCGCUUUGAACAUGAUAUUGAUGAGGCACAAUGUGGCAGUUUUCUUGAUAAGAGUGAAUCUACUCUUGAAAAUGAGGAUGAAGGUGAUCAGGCCAAGCAUUAUCUGGAAAGCAAUGAGAAAUAUUAUAUGAUGGCACACAGUGUAAAGGAGAGCAUUGCAGAGCAGCCAUCUUGUUUGAAGGGCGGAAAAUUGAGGGAGUAUCAAAUGAAUGGCCUGAGGUGGCUUGUUUCCUUAUAUAACAACCACUUGAAUGGAAUCCUCGCAGAUGAAAUGGGACUGGGCAAAACUGUUCAGGUUAUUUCUCUAAUUUGCUACCUGAUGGAAAGUAAAAAUGAUAGGGGGCCAUUUCUUGUGGUUGUGCCCUCUUCUGUUCUACCUGGUUGGGAUUCAGAAAUCAACUUUUGGGCUCCUGAUGUACAUAAAAUUGUCUAUGCUGGACCACCUGAGGAGCGACGUCGGUUAUUUAAGGACAGGAUUGUUCACCAGAAAUUCAAUGUCCUCCUGACAACAUAUGAAUAUCUAAUGAACAAGCAUGACAGACCAAAGCUUAGCAAAAUACACUGGCAUUAUAUAAUAAUUGAUGAGGGCCAUCGCAUAAAAAAUGCUUCUUGCAAGUUGAAUGCUGACUUAAAACACUAUCAGAGUUCUCAUAGAUUGUUGUUAACUGGAACUCCAUUGCAGAACAAUCUUGAGGAACUAUGGGCGCUACUUAACUUCUUGUUACCUAACAUAUUUAAUUCAUCUGAGGAUUUUUCCCAGUGGUUUAAUAAGCCAUUUGAGAGUGCUGGAGAUAACUCGCCAGAUGAAGCCUUACUAUCCGAGGAGGAGAACCUCUUGAUCAUCAAUCGUCUGCACCAAGUUCUGAGACCAUUCGUACUUCGGAGGCUUAAACACAAGGUUGAAAAUGAACUUCCCGAAAAGAUUGAAAGACUUGUAAGAUGUGAGGCUUCUGCGUAUCAAAAACUUUUGAUGAAGAGAGUGGAAGAAAAUCUUGGCUCUAUUGGCACAACAAAGGCACGGUCGGUGCACAACUCUGUCAUGGAGCUUCGUAAUAUCUGCAAUCAUCCAUAUCUCAGCCAGCUUCAUGCAGAGGAGGUGGAUAACUUUAUACCUAGGCAUUAUCUACCCCCAAUUAUUAGACUUUGUGGGAAGCUUGAGAUGUUGGACCGUAUUUUACCUAAAUUGAAGGCAGCAGAUCAUCGGGUUCUUUUCUUCUCAACAAUGACUAGGCUUCUUGAUGUUAUGGAGGAAUACUUAACUCUUAAACAGCAUCGGUACCUUCGGCUGGAUGGGCAUACCUCGGGAGGUGAUCGUGGGGCCCUAAUAGACCUGUUUAACCAACCUGGUUCUCCAUAUUUUAUAUUUUUGCUCAGCAUUCGUGCUGGUGGCGUUGGAGUGAAUCUUCAAGCUGCUGACACAGUGAUUAUAUUUGACACUGACUGGAAUCCACAGGUUGACCUGCAAGCACAAGCAAGGGCUCAUAGAAUUGGUCAGAAGAAGGAUGUUUUAGUACUUCGAUUUGAAACAGUUCAAACUGUUGAAGAACAAGUCAGAGCUUCUGCUGAGCACAAACUGGGAGUUGCUAAUCAGAGCAUUACUGCUGGGUUUUUUGACAAUAAUACAAGUGCUGAGGACCGAAGAGAAUACUUGGAAUCCCUCCUGCGUGAGUGUAAGAAAGAGGAAGCGGCACCUGUAUUGGAUGAUGAUGCUUUAAAUGAUCUCUUAGCACGCAGUGAAGCAGAAAUAGAUGUGUUUGAGGCUGUUGACCAAAAAAGGCGCGAAGAUGAGAUGGCUACAUGGAAGAAGUUGGUAUCUGGGCCAGCAACUGAUGGUUCUGAGCCUAUUCCUACCCUUCCUUCACGUCUAGUUACAGAUGAAGACUUGAAACAAUUCUAUGAAGCGAUGAAGAUAUUCGAUGUGUCCAAGGAUGAAGUAGCAUCUAACGGAAUCAAGAGGAAGAGUGGAACUCCUGGGGGCCUCGAUACUCAACAUUACGGAAGGGGAAAACGUGCAAGAGAGGUGCGUUCCUAUGAAGAACAAUGGACAGAGGAGGAGUUUGAUAAGAUGUGUAAAGCUGAAUCUCCUGGAUCACCGAAAGUAAUGGAAGAAGUGAUAGAGUCCAAUUGCAAAACAAAUGCUUCUAGCUUUGCUGCAACCGCUUCUGUCACGGAGACUGCAGUGGUGCCUCCAGUGGCCCCUGCAACAUCAUCUCUUGGGAGUUUGCCUGUGCAUAAAGUCAAAGAUAUAACACCACCUGCUAAACGUGGACGUGGCAGGCCAAGAAGAAUAACCUCAGAUAAGUUGCCUGUAACUGCAGUCCCUCUGGCUACUUCCGGAACUGUUGAAGUGGACAUGCAGGUAAAGGAAGGAACUUUGCUUGGUCAAGUAGUAUUGUCAACUCUCGAAUCUAUUUCUCAUUCUUCUGAAGUUAUUGGUGUGAGUGGACCUGCGCAGCAGUCUGCUACUGGUGUUUCUCCUAAUCUGACAACUCCACCCAACUCUCAAGCAGAGGGUACUACUGUUUCUGUGCCAAUACAAACAAGAGGACAAGGCCGGAAAUCUCAAGGUGGAGGGGAGGCAACUAGACGUAGAGGGAAGAAGCAGGUUCUAGUGUUGCCUCCUGUAUCUGGGGUUUCUAUUGGUCCUGAUUUAAAGAUGAAUGAGCAGUUGGAACACAAACCCCUGAAUCCAUCUGCUGGUGAAGCUAUCUCCCAAGGUGAUACUGUUUCCUCCAGUGCUACGGUACAACAUUCAAGUACAGAACCGGGUUCUGUGACUUUAAGCAGUGGAGGUGAUAAUAAAUCUGGAGUUGGGAUUGCUCUGAGUUCUCAGCAGCCCCUUCCUUUGUCCUCUGUUACUCCUGUGCCUCAAACUGUUCCUACUUAUCCUUCUGUACCUAUACAAAAUGAUGGGCAACAUCAGAAGCCUCAAAAUGGAUCAGGAGCUCCCCGACGCAGGGGAAAGAAAAAAGCAAUGGUAUUGCCUAUUCCAGAUGUUUCAGGUAGUCAGAAUUUGCACCUUACUUCCAAUUUACAAAGCUCAUCAGGCAAUGUAUUACAUGAUAAAGCCACGGAGUUGAAAAGCUUGCAAGAUAGCCUUGUUCAGGAAUCACACAGUGUUGUCCAAGAUCAUGCAUCACAUAGUAUUGUUGAUAAGGAUUUAAAAUCAACUGAAGUAUCUGGUGAUAUAGCCAAUAAGGCAUUGGUUGAAUCAACAACUGAAGAUAAUACCAAAAGAUCUCCUGGGUUGGAAAUAGAGAAGGUUCAGAAUUCUGAUAUGCAUGGUUCUGCUUCCAUCCAUUUAUCCAAUACCCUUGUUCUGGAGAAUUCAAGGAACAAAAGUUUCUGUGACUCAACCUUGCCUGUUACAGAGGUUACAAGGGACCAACAAUUGGAGGCGAAAACUCAUCACUGUGAUGAAGCUUCAAAACCUGAUACUUUUCCAGUCCAUUCUACAAAAGAAACAAAAGGAAGUUCUAACAAGGCUGUAGAACCUAUGGCUGCACAAGCAGUUCCCAAUGCAUCAGACAAUGCUUAUCCUUCCAUAUCAGGUUCUGAAUCCAUUCAGCCAUGCCCACCUGAAUCCAUGCCAGUUAAAAGGCAAGGCCGUAAAACUCAAAAUAGAGUGGAGCCACCCCGGCGUAGGGGGAGAAAAUCAUCUUCGGCAUCUCCUGUUGUUUCUGAUUCCCUUGCUACCCAGGAUCCUAAUUUAAAUAAUGAUUUUCAGAAGUCAUCAGUAGAGUCAUCGGUGGGUAAAGUCGCUACAGAUGUCGCUCAAGCUCAAGCAUUUCAGAUCCUUUUGCCCAGUGGAGGCGCUGCUCAUGAUUUAAACACGAAAGAGGGAGCUGCCAUUUCUUCUCUAAACAAGCAGCAAAAAGUUGCACCAGGAAGGGUUGAUAGUGCACCAGUAUCCUCAGAUAAGAUUACUGCUUUUGGCCGAAUGCAAAAUGUCAAUGAUGUGGCUAGGGUUAUGAAAGAAGUUUUCUCUGGAACCUGCUUGCCAAAGCCUAAAGCAGCAGAUUCUGCUGCCGGCGAACUCUUAAAAACUAAUACUACAAUUGAUUCCAUGAAUACCCAGUUGAAUGCUGAUAAAGCAGGUUAUGAUAUAACAAAUUCGGAAGCAGCAUGUCUAACUCCAGGCAUUGCUGUGAACAUACAAGAAAAAGAAUCAGAGGGGGAAUUCAAUAAUCAGAAAUUGGAGGACAAAGCAAGUUCAGAUAUACCAAAUACUGGAGCAGUGGAUGUCUCCAAUAACAUGUGUUUGCGGGAUAAAACAGGUAAGGAGCAUGACAAGCAAUCUGAAGUAUCUGACAUGCAGAUUCUUGAGAGCAAAGAAAAUUCCGAUAUGCCAACUACUGGAGCAGUGAACAGAAAUGAAAGACAAUUAGAGGAAACAUCCACUACUCUGUAUCUUGAAGGUAAAGCAGCGUCAGACAAGCCAACUACAGGAGUAGUGGAUGCCUUCAAUUUUCAGUGUUCAGAGAAUAAAACUGAUUCUGAUAUGUCUGCUACUGAAGUAGAAUUUUUAAUUUCAGACCUUCCGGUGAAUACGCAUGAAAAGCAAUCUGUGGAAGCAUUGAAUAUUCGGAAUCUGGAGGAUAAAGCAAGUUUGGAUAUACUAACUACUGAAGCAGCCUGCCCAGACUUGGACCAUGCGGUUAACAAAUAUGACAAGGAAGUAAUGGAGGCAUCGAAUAUUCAGAUUUUGGAGGAUAAAGUGAAUUCCGAUAUGCCAACUGCUGGAGUAGUGGUUACAUCGAACGACCAGUUUUUGGAGGUUAAAGCUGGAAUGGAUGAACCUACUUCUGGAGCAGCUUGUCUAACUUCAGAUCUUUCAAUUAAUCAGCGUGAACAAUUGGAGGAAGCUUCCAGCAUUCAGAAGCCGGAUGUUGAAUCAAGUUCAGAUGUGCCAGCUACUGGGGGAGUGAGUGCCUCCAAUAUCCAAUGUUCAGAGGAUAAACCAUAUUCUGAGAUAUCAGCUGGUGAAGAUGGAUGUGCGACUGUGGACCUUGCAGUGAACGGGAAAGAAAAACAAUCAGAGGAGGAAUCCAAUAUUCAGAAUCUGGGGAAUAAAAUAAGUUCGGAUAUGCCAACCACUGGAGCAUUGUGCUUGACUCCAAUCAUUCCUACAGAUGGGAAUGUGCAGCUAUCUGAGCCUCCAUCUGAUCAAGAAAUAACUGCUUUGAAUGAGCCCCUACCUAGUGCUAUGGAGGUUGACACCCCCAUUUGUGAUGAUAUCAAAGAAAAGCAAGACCAUAUUCAACAUUGUACUAAAACUUGUUCUAAUCAGAGUGAAGUGGAGGCUCUUGAUGCAACUCCACUUAGUUCUGCAGUAAGGACUGAGUGUCUGUCUGAAUCAAGUACAAAGUCUUCACCUCUUGCUUCUUCUGGUGAAAAUAUGUCUGAUCAACCACAAGUGAUCCCAUCCUGCCCUCUGACUCCCACCGUUUCUAAGGAAUUGGUAAAUUCUCCUAUUUCUAAAUCUUGUGAAAUCAAUUACAGAAAUGAAGUCAAUUGUUCAAUGCAAGAUUCUGAUUUGCUGGAGCGAGAGUCUCAGAUAACAGUUGGAAAUAAUUCUCAAAAUGCAUUAGAACUUGCUAUAGAACAAAAUGCUUUAUCACCUUCGGAAACGGAGGCCACCAAUGUUGCAUUAAGUGGGAAGUAUUUAGAUGCUUUAAAACAUGCUGAGUUGCAUGAGAAUCCAUUAGUUAAGAGCUGUUCACAAUCCCUCUCUGAGGGGAAAAUGAACAUGGGGGAUUUCAUAUGUGAACAACCUGUGUCUGCUGUUGAUAUAUCUUCGAAUAUUGACCCAGUUCCCAAGGAAAAUGUGAUAUCCGCAGCAGCUAUUGGUGAUACCAAUGUUGAUUCUUCUGUGGUUUGCCCAAUGAAUAUUGACACAUCUCUGAGUAACCAAGUUACAAUUGUGCAGGACAAUGAGAUUGUGACAAAGAGUUGCCGACAGGAUGUAGAUACGUCCUCAGCAGAUGAGGUGGAAAAAAUCAUAGAUCAAUCUCCUGAUGAACCUGUUGAUAGGUCAGUCUUACAACAAACAUCAGGGUCAAAAGCUGUGGCCAAUUCUUCAGUGGAUGCUUCUCAGUCUGUCCUUGUGGAAGAGGGAACCAUAUCUGAAACUGCAAUUUUACCCUCAUCGUCCUUUAGCAUAGAUGAUAACAAGGUCUCAUCCAAAACCUGUGCAAUUAGUAACUCUGAAACUCUGGAAGAGGCAAUGGAGGAGGGUGCGACUGACCGCUCUGAAUUCCUGCCCCCAGAGAAAGGUGCAGAGGAGAGCUGUAGGAAUGCCACUGAGGUUCCCUCUACAGUUCCAGUGCUGCUUCAGGAAUCGAUUGAUUCUGAAGGUGACCACCGUGAUCAAGGCAAGUCACAGGUUGGUGGGAUACCUGAAAAUCAUGAAACUGGAAUGCUUGCUGCUCCUAAAACAUCUGAAGGGGGGAAUGAGGUUGAGACCUUUUCUGAUAAAGGUCCACUAGGAUCAUCUGAUGCUUGGGAUGAAUCAAAAGGAUUAGCUGAUAUGGAGAAUCAGACAGAAGCCAUUCAGAACCAUGCUGCUGAAAUUGAUGUCCCAUGUACAUCUGCAUCAGGGGACAAGGCCGAGGGUGAACCUAAAGGAUUAGCUGAUAUGGAGAAUCAGGCAGAAGCCAUUCAGAACCGUUCUGCUGAGAUGGAUGUCCUGUGUUUGUCUGCAUCAGGGGUUAAGGCCGAGGGUGAAUCUAAAGAAGUAGCUGAUAUGGAGAAUCGGGCGGAAGCCAUUCAAAACUGUGCUGCUGAGAUGGAUGUCCCAUGUACAUCUGCACCAGGGGACAAGGCCGAGGGUGAAUCUAAAGGAUUAGCUGAUAUGGAGAAUCUGGCAGAAGCCAUUCAAGAUUGUGCUGCUGAGAUGCAUGUCCCGUGUGUGUCUUCACCAGGGGACAAGGCCGAGGGUGAAUAUAAAGGAUUAGCUGAUAUGGAGAAUGAGGUAGAAACCAUUGAGAGCUGUGCUGCUGAGAUGGAAGUGUCAUGUUCCUCUGCAUCAGGGGACAAGGCAGAGGGUGAGAAUGUUUUAGUUGGCACGAAGGAAAAAAUUCUGGUGUCAGAAGACACUGAAGCUUUUGCAGUUGAUGAAACAGAUGUUUCUAAUGGCGGUCCAGCUGUGCCCGAAACAACAUCAGCCAAUGGGGCUCCACUUCCAUGUUCUUCGCUGAGAGUGGGUGAACCUUUCGUGGGGCAUGAUACUAAAGGAACUGAAACUGGUGUCGCCAACCAUGAUAAUCAAGCCAUACGGCAAAAUGCUCUGAAAGAUGCAGAAGAGUGCUCUUCUUCUGCAGCCGCUGACAUAAUUGAAAAGAGCUCACCUCAGAAGGAUGUCAUUGAAUCUUCUCCGUUGCUGCCGCUGGAAACAUCUGUUGAUGGGGUUCCACCUCCAUGCUCUUCAGUUGCUGAGGGCGAACGUGUAGAGAGUUUGUCUGAUGAGGCUUUGGUUGAUUCUGCUGUGAAGCUUGGUACUAAAAAUUCUGAAGCUUCCCAGGAUAAUCUAGUUUUGCAAGAAAAUGCAUUGAACGAAAUGGAAAAAACCCUUCCUUCAGCAACUGAGGAUAGAGUUGCAGUGUGCUCACCUGAGAAGGAUAAUUUAACAACUGCUUGCUCAGAAGCACCCCAGGAAUCCGAAAAGUAUGAAAAUGUGCAGAACCGGUCUGAGGAAGAACCUGGCCAGAGUUCAGUGGCUGAAGAAACCAAAAAAGACUGAAACUAAUUGUAAUCAACUAAUCAUUAUUACACAAUUUGAAUAUUAACUAUAUUUUGAUAUUUAAAAUAUCCAUCAAUUUAUAAUCAUUUUUUUAUAUAA